AAACAGAUACUAAUCUGGUGAAUUAGUUAUGCAUGAUGUCACUGCUCGUAUGAUCAAGCUUUAAACUUUAUUUGGAUCUCAGUUUUGAACCAGCGACACUCAACAUCUGUUGGUGCGUCCAGUAAUACAAUACAAAAAAUAAAAGUACGAUAUAAAAAAGUGACUUACGAGAGAUUUAAUAGCUUUUGGACCUAGUAAUCCCAUUUUGCAUUACACAACAACAAACAAAGGCUACUUUUGUGAGAGCUCUGUUAAGCAUACAUUGCAUAAGCAGUCAACGCUUAAAUAGCUGUUCAAGAAGAAACGUUCCAUUAGAGAAAUACCAUCAAGAUGACAACAGGAAAAAAAGCAAAUUGUUGCAAAAUAACCGACAUAAUUAUAUCCACGUUCCAGUCAAUAUUUAUAAGAAUUGGUUCCUUUGUUGGUAGAUAUCCGAUAGCAUGCAUUAUUGUGUCUAUAGUUAUAACUAUGGGUUUUGGAGGUGGAAUCGCGAUAAUAAAAAACGAAAACAGACGGGAGAAACUCUGGGUACCUUUGGAAUCUGACAACCAGGAUUACCGUUUAUACGUCACUGAAAAUUAUAAAGAUCCAUUCUUUGAGAUAAUUAUCUUCGAAAAUGAUAAUAUUUUGACACCAGCGUCACUAAAAGCUAUGCUUAAGGUUGAUGAAAAAAUCAAAGCGAUCAAUGUCGGAAAAGACUGGGAAUCUAUCUGCUUCAGGUUCGGAGACAGCUGUUUCGUGUCUAGUAUCCUAGAGCUGUGGGGGUUCAAUAAAACUAUUAUAUAUGGUUUAUCGCAGCAGGACAUUCUUGACAAGAUAAAUGAGCCUAAUCCAAUAAGUCUUGUGACGUUUAGGGAAGUAAAUGUGGCAUCAUUGCUAGGUGGGGUCGAUGAUGAAACGUACAUCAGUAUUGCCACAGCCGCUUUGAGCAACUACGGAGUCGUGGAUAACAGCAAAUUUGAUGAUUCCGAAGGCAAAUACGUUGACAAAGAUGCUGAAGAUUGGGAACUGGAAUUCAUCGAAAUUGCAACGGAUGACUACGAAGACAUGACUGUCUACGGUGUCGCAUUCACGAGUUUUGAUAUUGAGUCGUCGAACACUGUCACCGGUGAUACAUAUUUUCUCGCUGGUGGCUACGGCCUUUUGUUCAUCUACAUCGCAGUGAUGCUAAGCAAGUUCACUUUGAUCGAACAUAAAGUAAGUCGAAAACAACCGUAGAGAUGUGGAAGUGACUUCGCCAGUGGGAACGAAAUGUCCACAAUCACCCACCCUGCAUAUUGGAUGCGAUAAACCGCACCCUCAUCAAAAUGUACAUAUGAUGUAGAUGAUGACAACAAUGAUGCCUAUGAGGACGAUGAGGUUGAUAAUGAUUAGUAUGGUGAUGGUGAUGAUGAUGAUGAAGCUGACAAAGAUGAGGGUGAUGACGACGAUGAUGAUCGUGAUGAUUACAACGAAAAGCCUCCACCAAUACAUACCUAUGUAUUUCUUCAUAAACCCUUUUUAUAGGUAUAAUAAUACUGGUGAGCUUUAGCUUUAAACUUUAACAAUAAAAUUUUAAUAAUAUUGCUUCAAUUAUAUAGAGAGAAUAUAUCUCUUGCCAUUUAAAAGACACAGUAUUUCAAUAAUUUUAAUCUACCCUUUGAUUGGAAAUAAUCAAUUUAAAGCCGGUCACUCACUGCGCCCAAAUGUCGCCAGCCGAUGCGAUUCUAUAAAGCCGGUUUCCUUAAAAUCGUUACACUGUCGCUUCAGUGUUUUUGCGUUGUAGCAGUCUCCGAUGCAAAAAGAGGCAUCACAGAAAGCUGUCGGUGAUAGCGAUCGAUUGCAUGGAAACCAAGUUGAACGAAUGCCGGUAUCGUGUCGUAGCGUUCACAGGAAGCGGAGUUAAAUUCGUCACAAGACGGUCGUACAACGCGGUGAGCGCCCGGCUUA